AUACAGGCCAAUUUCCAUUCAUUCCCUGCCAGAUUGUCUAUUGUGCUUCCACGCUGUAGCGUUCCAGCAGGCAUACCUGUUUUUGUUGGUUUCCGUCUGCCUGUUUUUGACCACCACCCAUUUUUGGCUUGUGCCCUUUGCCUGCUCCUUUUGCCUUUUUGCCUGGAUUAUCUGCCUGCCUGUUACCAACCCUGCCUCCAUCCUGACUUUGCCUCUGGUUUGCUCUUGCCUGCUUAUGCCUGUUGAGCUUUAUUAAAGCAUCAUUACUGCACUGCUGUCCAUCUUGAAAUUCUACUACACUUUUCAGAUUGACUCCAUUCACAAGCUCCUUCUUCCAGCAUCUUUCGUCAUUUAUGGAUGUUGGUGACCUCGAGCUUCAGGCGAGAUGCCAUUUGAAGACCUACGCCUCUAAGCCAGAAGAGCCCAGCACUUCCGACAUCUAACCCUUGUGCUCAACCUGUGGAGCCGGCUCCCGCUCGCUGCCUCGGCUGCUUGCUUCAGAACAAGGGCCAAAGUUGAAGGAGAGAACUUGACACACCCCUUGGCUCCAGUAACCACCUGUGGCAUAUGCCUCUUUUUCUGUGAUCCCUGUGUGAAACAGUUUUAGCCCGAAGAUAAGUGGUUUUACAACAAGGUUUCCCAGAAGAGAGGAAUGGGAGAUAAUCGCGGAGGUGGCGCAGCCCAGAGCUGGAUCUCAAAUAAGGGAAGCUGAGAAUGAACAAGAGAGGUGACAGCACAGAUCCCUGAGUCAUCCCUCGUAUGGAAUAAACGAGGAGAUGAAGCCCGGGUCGGUGAUUGGAAACGUGACAAAGGACGCGCUAAAGCAAGGAUUUCAGAUUGCACCGCAGCCCCCGUACUUAAGGGUUAUUUCCAAUUCAGAACCACGAUGGGUGGAACUCAGUCCAGCCGGAAUCCUUACAACCCAAAUGAAGAUAGAUCGGGAUGUAGUUUGUCGACAGAACCCAAAGUGCAUCAUUUCCCUAGAAGUCAUGUCAAACUCUAUGGAGAUCUGUGUCAUCAAAGUUGAAAUUGAGGAUUUGAACGACAACGCUCCCAGAUUCCCAACGAGCCACAUUGACAUUGAAAUUUCCGAGAAUGCCUCCCCUGGUACCCGGUUUCCCCUAGAGGGGGCAAGCGAUCCGGACUCGGGCAUCUUCGGAGUUCAGUCAUAUUCCAUCACCCCAAACGAGCUUUUCGGACUAGAAAUAAAGACCAGAGGGGACGGGUCCAAAAUUGCUGAGCUUGUUGUGCAAAAAUCUUUAGACAGGGAGACACAGUCCCACUAUACGUAUGAAAUCAGCGCAGAGGAUGGAGGAGACCCUCCAAAGAUAGGCGCGGUCCAGUUAAAUAUCAAAGUGAUUGAUUCCAACGACAACAACCCUGUUUUUGACGAGCCCGUGUACACAGUCAAUGUGAUGGAGAAUUCCCCUAUCAACACAUUAGUCAUAGACUUGAAUGCAACGGAUCCUGACGAGGGCACUAAUGGAGAGGUUGUGUACUCGUUCAACAGUUACGUCACCGAGAAAACGAGGGACGCGUUCAAAAUUGACCCCAGAACCGGGAUCAUCACCGUCAACGGUGUUUUGGAUUACGAAACAACGCAAAUAUACGAGAUCGACGUGCAGGCCAAAGAUUUAGGUCCCAACUCUAUCCCAGCCCACUGCAAAGUCACAGUCAAUGUGAUGGACACGAACGAUAACCCACCUGUCAUCAGCUUGCUCUCACUGAACACGGAGAUGGUGGAAGUUAGUGAAAACGCGCAGCGUGGAUACGUGAUUGCGCUGGUGCGGGUGUCAGAUAAGGAUUCCGGGGCAAAUGGCAAAGUGCAGUGCAGGCUGCAGGGCAAUGUUCCGUUCAGGCUGCAAGAAUACGAAAGCUUCUCCACGAUACUCGUCGACGGCAGGCUGGACAGGGAGCAAAAGGACACAUACAACCUGACCAUCCAAGCGGAGGACAGUGGCAUCCCUCCUUUACGCGCCACAAAGUCCCUGGUCGUCAAAGUCACAGAUGAAAAUGACAACCCCCCCCACUUCCUCAAGCCACACUACCAAGAGAUGGUGAUGGAAAACAACCUCCCUGGCUCGUGUCUGCUGGCGGUAUCAGCAGAGGACCCGGACCUGGGGAUGAACGGCACCGUUUCAUACUCCAUAGUCCCCGGUGAGAUUAAGCACAUGGAUGUAAACACAUAUGUCAGCAUAAACCCGUCAGGCCGCAUUUACUCCAUGAGAUCAUUCGACCAUGAAUACACCAGGACUUUUGAUUUCAAAGUUCUGGCCAGAGACAACGGCAAUCCCUCUUUAUCAAGUAACGCCACGGUGCGUAUUGUGGUGUUGGAUGUCAACGACAACACACCGGUCAUGACGAACCCCCCCCUGGUCAACGGCACGGCGGAGGUCUCCAUCCCGAGAAACGCCGGGGUGGGUUACAUGGUGACCCAAGUGAAAGCCGACGACUAUGACGAGGGGGAGAACGGGCGGCUGACCUACACCAUCUCAGAGGGGGACAGGGCGUUCUUCGAAAUCGACCAGGUGAACGGAGAGGUGCGCUCCACCAGGAUGUUCGGGGAGAACGCCAAAUCCACCUACGAGAUCACGGUGGUGGCGAGGGACCACGGCAAGCCCUCCCUCUCCGCCUCGGCCUACAUCGUGGUCUACCUCUCGCCAGACCUGAACGCGCAGGAGCCUAUCGGACCCGUCAACCUGUCCCUCAUCUUCAUCAUCGCCCUGGGCUCAAUCGCAGCUAUCCUGUUUGUCACCAUGAUUUUUGUGGCGGUGAAGUGCAAGCGGGACAACAAGGAGAUCCGGACGUACAACUGCAGUUUCUUCUACUUGCGUAGGGUGGCGGAGUACUCGUACGGAAACCAGAAGAAGUCCAGCAAGAAGAAGAAGCUGAGCAAGAACGACAUCCGCCUGGUGCCACGAGACGUCGAGGAGACAGACAAGAUGAAUGUGGUGAGUUGCUCGUCUCUCACCUCCUCGCUCAACUACUUCGACUACCACCAGCAGAGCCUGCCGCUGGGCUGCAGGCGCUCCGAGAGCACCUUCCUCAAUGUGGAGAACCAGAACUCACGCAAUGCAGCUCCCAACCAUGGCUAUCAGCACCCGUUCACCGGGCAGGGUCACCAGCAGCCAGACCUCAUCAUCAACGGCAUGCCACUGCCAGAGCUGCUGAAACACCCCCCUCCCCUCACCAAUGAGUGGGUCAAGCUCGCUGCAUCUGGCGUCCUCUCCACUGGCCCUGCUCCCAAGCUGCUAGGCUCCCAGUCCCUGACGGAGGCGACAGCAGGCCCCACUCCGACUUUCUGCCCCACCGCAACUACGGAGAAUUAUUCCAUUGACUCCAGUUACGUGAACAGCCGAGCCCACCUCAUUAAAAGCACAUCGACAUUCAAGGACCUGGAGGGGAACAGUCUGAAGGACAGCGGCCACGAGGAGAGCGACCAGACCGACAGUGAACAUGAUGUCCAGAGAGGACACUAUGUUGACACGGCUGUCAAUGACGUGCUGAACAUGACUGUCCCUCCCAAUGUUUGCCAGCUGCCAGACCAAGAUCCCAGUGAGGGCUUUCACUGCCAGGAUGAGUGUCGCAUCCUGGGCCACUCUGACCGCUGUUGGAUGCCUCGUGUCCCAAUCCCAGCACGUGCCAAGUCACCCGAGCACAACCGUAAUGUCAUCGCUUUGUCCAUCGAGGCCACCACGGUGGAUGUGCCCCACUAUGAGGAUGGCACCGCUAAGAGGACUUUUGCCACCUUCGGCAAGGAUGGGCCCGAGGACGUGGAACGGGGAGAGAUAAAGGGAAAGCGGACUCAGGAGUCUCAGGUGUGUAGCCCCAAGGCCAAUGGAGGGGCCGUCCGUGAAGCUGGCAACGGGCGUGAGGCAGCCAGCCCCAUCACUUCCCCUGUGCACCUGAAGAGCCCAGUGUCCAAGCCGUCAUCCGCCUACAACACACUGAAAUGCCGCGACGCAGAGCGAAUCGCCAACCACAGCCUGCUGCGGCAGCCGGAGGGGAAGGACAGUGAGCCAGCUGUCAGGGAGAUCAACACGCUUCUCCACGAUGGCCGAGACAAGGAAUCCCCCAGCAGCAAACGCCUGAAGGACAUUGUGCUUUAGCGAGCUUCACUAUGACACACACCAACAUGCAUACACACAUACAGUGUAAACUCACAUAUAUAUACCCCGCAAUAGCUGUGUGUACACAGAGGAAAGUCAGGCUGUGGAAGUAGAGAGACACACCCAUUUGCAGUAUACAAUAUUCAAGCACCAGCUUACGCUGACGAUGAUGAACUGUAGUAUGCUGCGGCUAGUUGUGUGCUCAAGCCGAGGUAGUGGAUGUGGCUUUGUUGUAGUCGCAGUACUUUUUCCUUGUUUGCUUUAUGUUCAGUUUUCUUUCUAUCAGUCUGCAGUGAGUGGACAGGCAGGUUACUGUUGACUGCAUGGAUAUGGCCGGUGAAGCUCUCCAGCCCUUGCGCCAAAGCAGGACACUACAUGUUUGGACACCUGGGGUGCCAGUUCAUAAGUACAGUUAUGCCUUUUGAACUACUUUUGUAUCACAAACUGAUAUUUGCCUUCUUUGGUUUUGCAGUGUGUUCUAGCUGCCAAAAUCGCUCUUUGUUCCUUUGUAUAGUGAGCUCCGUCAAUGUAACAAAAGACAACAGAUAUACACAGGAUUCAGCUAAAAAUAUCCUCAAUUUACUCCAACAGUUUUCAGUGCAUUCAGGAGAAGGAAAGGGAGGACUUUCAUUCCCAUUUGCCCCUCUCCUUGACUAAUAAGGGAAACCUUCUCGGCAUAUCCCCGAGGACAUCCUAGUGUCAUCAGACUGUGAGGUCUUUACAGUAUUUAUAUUUUAUCACGGAUGGAGCUAAAUGAACUGUCACUAUCUGCCCAGCCGCUCUGAACACUGGAAGUGGGACAGACCGAUCCUUGUGUUCAAAUUGAGUUGUAUGAAAAAAAGACUUACUGCUUUUGAAAUCUCCUGUGCCCAACCUUGAUUGUAGCCAGUGGAGCACAAAUUAGAACUUUGUGCUCUGGUCUUGUACUUUUUUUGACUUUUGACUAUGGGGCUAGGAUAGAAGGGAUCGUCACUCAUGUCUUGCUAUGUGAAACUCUGUAUAGGGUUUACUAUUAUCAUUUUUAAUAACCUGUUGUUAUGUGACAAUCCCUUUAAUGUUUUGUUUCAAGAGAAAAAAACAAAUAAACAUUGGUGUUCAACUGAAGCUACAGUAGCGUUUGUUACACAAACACAAAAAUAAAAAAAACAUAUAUGCCAAAAUAUAUUUUAUAAAUAAUUUAAAAAUGUAUAAUGAGAAUAUUUAAUGCUGUGUAGUUAUUUUAUGAGUAAGUUAUACUUGAAAUUAACUUGCUUUUGUUCAUUUGUCUUUUGCUUUUAUAUUGAACCUGAUUUGUUUUUUAUUUUCGAAAUGAACUUGGAUUAUUUUUUGUUUACUGUGUGACCCCUGGCAACUGUUGACUUGCAGUCUACCUUGUUGUAAAGAGUUUCUUAUUGGUCAGUUCUUGUGCCAUCAAGUUUCUGUGUGGGCUACUAGAAAAUGUAAAAAGACAAAAAAAAAACAAAAAAAAACCCAACAAAAAAAAAAGCGAUUUCAGCACCAACAUUAGUGUGUCAGUUCAAAGAGCUUAGAGAGAGAUAGCAAAAGAAACCAAAAAAGAUGCAAACAAAACCUUAAAGACUGCAGGAUGUUGCUUAAUCUUAGUGUCUAAGGAGGAAAAAGAACGGCCCCCAGUGUUCUUCAAGCUGGUAACAGGGUUCCACCUAUUAUAUCUGUCUAAUGAGUCAGCUUUCCUAUUGGAUCCAAUCAAGUUUAGACAAGACUUUUUCAGCUUCGACUGAGGGCAUUCGGAUGUGCAGAAUAGCUUUGCUCAGCACUGCUGUCACCCUUUGCCAUCUGUGUUCACUUGAUCUCGAAGAUAAGGUUGAGACCAGAGCGGAAUAAACAGGGUGCUCCCCUCCUAUGAGCACCCAACAACAGACUGGUGGAAUUGUGUUUGAAUGAACUAAGGUCUUGGGAGAACCGUGUUGCACAUCGGCAAUGUGGUUUUAUGUUGCUUUGCAGUAAACUAUGUACAAUGUGGAAAAAUAUGAAUGAAAAUGGACAAAUUGCAUACAACAAACUAGAUCUUGUAGCUGAAUGUUUUGCUGGUCUCACCCAUGGCUUCUGGCAACAUGAAAAUCGGAAUAUUCACUGAAUGUAUACAGCAGCUUAUAAUUAAACUAUUAAAUGUU